AUGCGCAACGUCGCGUACAAACAGCGUAUUGCCAAGUACUACAACUCCAGAGUCAAACCCCGAGCUUUCACAACUGAGGACUGGGUCAUGCGCAAGGUUUCCUUGGCCACUAAGAAUCCUAAUGAAGGUACCCUAGGCCCUACGUGGGAAGGUCCCUAUGAGAUCACCAAGGUUAGCCGCCCCGGGGCUUAUCAGCUUUGGGAUCCCAAGGGCAAAACCUUGCCUCAUCCUUGGAACGCUGACUAUCUCAAGUACUACUACAAGUAA